UACAGUAUCACGUAAAAUGCUGAAAGCACAUGAGUUGUAGAGAAACCGUAUCAGAUCAGGGAUUCAUUUUUGCAUCCGACAUCUCUCUCAUCCGCUAUCGAUCCCGCUAAACGCCGCAGAAGAUGAUCCGUUUCUUUUUAUUACAAAAUCGCCAAGGCAAAACGCGCUUGUCCAAAUGGUACGUUCCCCCGCCCAGUACCCAAAACGGUUCAACAGUCAGUCCGGAAGCGGAAAAGGUCCGCAUCGAAGCCGAAGUCCACCGGUUGGUGACGGCCCGCGACAAGAAAUACACGAACUUUAUUGAAUACAACAACUACAAGCUCAUUUACCGAAGAUACGCUGGAUUGUUUUUCACCAUCGCGGUGGAUUUACAAGAGAACGAGCUAUCGUACUUGGAAACGAUUCAUUUGUUCGUCGAACUGCUCGAUAGCUAUUUCAGCAACGUAUGUGAGUUGGAUAUCGUGUUCAAUUUUAACAAAGUUUACAGUAUUUUGGAUGAGUUCAUGUUGGCGGGCGAAAUUGAGGAAACUUCCAAGCGAGAAAUUCUGGACCGUGUCAAGUUACUGGAAAAAAUGGAGUAGUUUGUAAAGCGUGUGUGUGUAAAAUGUUUUAUCUUCUGGUU